AUGUUUCGCGGAAGGAUUGGAGGCCUGAAAGGUGCAAAUGCCGACUUGGUGAGACUGCCGUCCGAAAUCGAUGUGGCCAAGAAGCCAACGAGUCUGCGGACCCUACGCUCAGGCUCGUCAUCGAUGCUGACAGGUGUUGCAAGCUCCCCCAAGUGGAUCAAACUGGACGGCAUUCAUCACACGUAUGUGCGCCGCGUUCGGCAGGCUGGCAAUGCCUGGAUUCUGACUAAACAAGCGUCCCUGCUGUUUGGAAUGGCCAUUACCGUGCAAGCGCUGAUGAUGGGUAUAGAUCUGGAACUGGAAUUUGCGGCCCAAGCACAAGUGGAACACAGACAUUUUCAACUGGCUGGCGGGGCUCUUCGACAACAAGGUGGUUUUGCUUUCUACUUCGUCCUGACGAUGGACUGUGUGCUAUUCAUUGUGUUCGCGGUUGAAUAUAUUCUGAGGCUUCGAGCCGUGGGUAGAAAAUUCAUGUGCUCUGCGCUUGGAAUCCUGGAUUGCAUUCUACUUCUCAGUGCAGGAGGAUACGUUGUCCUCCAAGUAACAGAAAUCUCACUGCCUGGGGCGAUGGUUGGUCUCGUGCGGACGGUUCGCCUCCUGCGGAUCCUGCGGUUUGUCCACAUUCUGCAGAUCGUACCAGCCUUGGCUCUUUUGGUGAAGGGCUUGGCUAGCACACUGAUUACAAUCAUGGACGCAAUGAUUAUGCUAGGAAUCCUGUCGUAUGUGGGGGCGCUGCUAUGUUCAGAGGCUUUAGGGGAUGCCCCGAGUGCCGAGCUUCAGUACUUUUUCGGAACCGUUCCGGCCAGUUUCCUUACUCAUAUCAAGCUGGUGCUGGUUGAAGGCUGGCCAGAAAUUUCAGAAGCAAUGAUGCGCGACUCUGACUAUUGGUCAGUGUACUUAGUCAUUUUCAUUUUCCUGAGCAAUUUCGCUCUGUUGAACUUGGUCACAGGCGUUGUCUGCGAACGAGUCAUGGAACUUGCCAGGCAGAUGCCACCUGUGUCGGCAGAUGAGAAAGAUUUCGAAAUUGAAGAAUUGAGAGACAGGAUUACAGAUCUUUUUGAAACGGCGAGCAGAAGGAGGCGAAAUUACCUUUCUGAGACGGAGUAUGUGAAGCUACUGCAGUCGGUCCCAGCGCGGGAGGUGCUUGAUGACAUGAAGAUUGCGCUUCCUUCGGAAGCAUCCCGGCUGACGUGCCUAAUUGAUGAUGACCACAAUGGGAAAGUUACCCGUAUGGAGUUGCAGGAUGGCCUCUUGCGGCUGCGAGGCAGCAGGCUUGAUGCUGUCUCACGUGAGAUGCAGCUGAUGGUGCGGAAGCGUUUCUGGAUCUCUUUCACUGCUGUCGACAAAGCCGACAAGCAGCUGGAGGAGAUCGUGCGCGAAGGUAUGCAAUCCGCUGGUGAGAGGGCAAUGCAACAAGUGGAUGGUAUCCAGGCUGGGUUCCUGGAUCGCCUUCAAUGCCACCGUGACAGACGUAGCCCUGAAGAGAAGAGGUCAGAUCGCCGUCUUUCGGACAUUUCUUCCGCAAUGCGCGCGCUUCGAUGUUCGCUUUCAGCAUUGCAGGACGACUGCCAGCAGGCCAUGCUGCCAAGUUCCCGAAAGCUGCCUGAGGACUCGACACGGACCAUGAAAAAGGCCGCAGCCAGUCAAACUGACUGCUCGUGA